GCUCCAGCCUCCACCUGGAUGUACCCCUCAACCCGACCGAACGACCUUCGCCACGCGACAGUUCAAUGUCGCAGCUGCUGUCGCAAUCCUCGUCGCAGAGCCCAUGGUCGUCGCAGCACCAUCAUGCGCGAGGAUUGUGGCGAGCAAUCGUCGCAAGCAAAACGGAUUGGUUGCUGUUCCUCGGCUUGCUCCCAGUCAACGUCGUUCUCUCGCUCUAUCUGCCUCCCUAUCAGCGCUUCAUCCCGCCUGAAACCCUUCACUCUCCGCGGUAUCCCGUGGUUGACAAUGCAGGGGCAACCUUUUUUACAACUGCUUCAGUGUUGGCUCCCCUCCUUGCUUUCCUACUGGUGCUGCUCCCUCAAAGGAACCUGCUCGAGCUGCACAAGUCCAUACUCGGGCUACUCUCAGCCGUACAAACCACCUGGCUGGCCGCUACUCUGCUCCAGUGCGCCAUCGGCCGGCCUCGCCCCAGCUUUCUCACAGCCUGCUUGCAAGGCACCCAACCAGUAGUCUCCCCGUCAGCGGGUGUCACCUGUGUGCCACCUCCCACCGGCCUUUACUAUUUCAGCAAAAGCUUCCCCUCCGCCCAUGCAGCAG